AUGAAUUAGACCAAUUCUAAGUUAGAAAAACAAAUGAUAUCUACUAAACAAUAAUGUCUACUUCCAAGUCUGUAUUGUGAUUACAGUGCAAGGAAAAAAUAAAAAUUAAAGACCUAUUUCCUCUAAGAGAAAUGUUCUUCAAUAAGUCCUAAUAAGCAGACUAUCAAGACAUAGAGAGAUCUGACUAAGCAAAUGGAUUCUGAAAGGAAUUCAGAACUCUAUUCAUUUGAUGAUGAAGUUAGCAGAUCUGCUCGAUUUUAGAGAAAAUCAAGAGUGCAUCAACGAAAUAAAAUCCUUAAUCAGCCAAUUCUAAACAAAAAAAAACCUUUGCUAACAGAUACUCAAAUUGAAACAGAAACUCCUUACUUCAAAGAUAAGGAAUCAUCUUUUAGUUAGUCUAAUGAUGAAAAUGAGGAGAGGAAUGAAAAUAAAAUUGAUUUAAGACUUGAAGGAGAGACUGGAAAGGCCUUGAAGUAGAUAAGUCACAAAAUAAGUAAAUGUAUGUUAUCAUUUAUUCAGAUCAAGAAUUAAACAACUCAUUUUAUCAUUUUAUCAAAAAAUCGGAAAAGAUGAAAGAUUUGAUUUUAAAUUUCCAGCAAAAGGAUAAUUUGAGUCCAAUCCAUUAUUAUUGCUUAAAUGAUAGUAUAUUUCCGAAAAGAAUCGAACUGAGUAAGCAAGAUGUGAAAGAAAUCAAUUUAUCAGAUUUGGGAUUAACCCCAAAAUAUAUUCCAUUGAUUAGAAAUUUAUUAAGUUAAAAACGAGACAAAAAUAUCAAAUCAGUUGAUAUCAGUCAAAACAAAAUUAAUGAAUGGUCGUUAAAGUUGUUAAUUGAUGUUUUCCCCUUAAAGGUCAAAACCAUUAAUUUAUCUCUUAAUUAAUUAAACCGUCGAGGAGCAGUACUUCUGUCUGAACAUCUGAAUAAAUUUGAAAAGUAUAAUACAAUUAUUACUCAGUCUGAGGAACUUGAAUUUAAAAGGAAAUCAAAUAGGGGAUAUGGGAACUGCAACAAUAUUAGAGGCAUUAAAACCAAGUUUGAAAAUCAAAAAAUUAAAUUUAUCAGACAAUGCAAUUUCUGAUUUGAUUUCCAAUGAAUUAAAAGAGUUUAUUCUUAAAAACUAGGCCUUAUAAGUCUUAAGUCUAAACUGGAAUUAAUUAGGACCUAUUGCUGGAUUGUUUAUUGCAAAGGGAUUGAAUUCCAAUAAAUCAAUUAAGGUAGUAGAUUUAAGUUAUAAUAAAAUCGGAUAGAGUGAUAAUAAUUAUGAAUGUAUCAAAGAAUGGUGUUCAUUGUUGAGUAACACCUAUACAGAAUUGAUUCAUCUGGAUCUGUCUUAUAAUUAAUUUAAUUAGAAAUAGCUCUAAUUAAUUAAUUAUUCAAUUCUUAAGAACUCACGUUUAUAUGGAUUGCAUGUUGAAGGAAAUAAAUGUUUGGCUCAUGUUGAUCCUCUGGGAUUCAUACAAUUCCCUUAGUAAAUCAAAGGAAAAUAGAGUAUGCAACCUAAACAUUAAAAUAUCGAUGGAGUUAACUUCAUUCCAAUGCUAAAUGAGAAUGAAAAUGGAUCUGACUGUUGUUGGAUAUGUCAAGGUUGGAUGGAGUAUCAUUUUGUUUAUGAGCCUGAACCUGAAGAAUCUCAAACUGAUUCUAUAUACUUGCACUUAGAUUUCUUAGAGUAAAAGCAUAUGAGUAUUUUAGUUUCAAACCCAUAUCGAUGACAACAAGUAAAGAAUUAUGGAAAUAAUUAAGCAAUAAAUUCAACAGUACUACGGUUUUGGAAGAUCUAACGACAGGAGAGAUAAUUCAUUAACUAAAGCACGCUUUUAGUGCUGGUAAGAUAAUUACAAUGACUGCCAUAAAUGAUGCUUACACUGAAGAUAUCAAGACGAAGGAUGAUAUGAAAUCAAUAUUAUCAGAGUUGAAUUCAAAGUUCUUCUUCACUUCUUAUUAGAUGUGUCCUCCCAAUUAAAAAAUACUGUAUUUUUUUUCGAAUCCCACUGGAAAAGGAAUAUUUAUAAAUCCAAGAUUUCCAACAAUAUCAUUAAGAUCUGCAGAGAAUAUUGAAUUGAUUAUGGAUAAAGAGAAAGUAUUCUUUUACCCUGAUGGAUCUCAGAUCUCCUUAUCUCAUGUAGAUUAAGUGAAUUAUUUUCAAACUAAAUAAAUGUUUGUAAUUGAUUAGAAGAAUUAGUUCAAACCUCUAGUGAAGGUAAUACCUAGAUGUUUAGAGAAUAAAUACUUUUUAAAAAGAUUCGCAGUUGAUGCAUCCAAACAAAAAUCAAAUUUGAUUUAUUGGUAGAAGGAUCAAUCAGCCUUUAGAUCAUAUUAAGGAGACACUGAAGAUAUUUUGGAUGAGUGCUUUCAAUUUGACUGGAAUUGUAUGGGCAUUUAGCAUUUUCUGAAAAGUUAAUAGGAAUUAGAAAGAGUAGUUGAGAUUAUGAGAUUCCAUUACGCAAAGAUGAAAGACAUCUAUAAGUAUUAUUCAAGUUUCGGAUACAAUGCUAAUAGACAACAGAAUGGUUAUCAAGUUGAAACAUUUAAUAUACCUCUUGAUUUGAUAUAUGAUCUCACCCAAGAAUUGUUACCUCAAGGCAUACAGAUUGAGGAGGUAUAAUCUCAAGUGAACUAAAUUAAAUACAAUUGCGAUGCAAAAUAUAUUUAUAAUCCAGAGAAUGGCUUUGUUAGAUAUUAGUUUAUGGAAUUCAUAUUUAGAAUAGCUCUACUGGUGACUAAGUAAAAAUGGAAACCAAGACUGAUUGUGGAUGAAGUUUAUCGAGUGUUCUAAGUAUUAGCAGAAAGAUUUGCAGCAUUUGAUAACCAAUAGUAAUGGAGAGAAGAACGUUUAUGGACAAAAGAGUGUGGCAAUCUAAUUUAUAUAAAAUAAGGCUUUAUUCAGAGAUUACAUGAUUAUGUGGCAUGCAUUCAAAAUAAGAAAUGGACUUUCAAAUUAAAGUGGAUAGCAUUGACCGAGUUCCUAGACUUUUGCAAUUAAAUGGGGUUUCAAUCAUUCCUCAGUGAAACUCAAUUAAAAAUCAUUUACAAUAUGGCAAUGUAAACUCAUUAGGAUGAAUUGACUCAAGAUAGACAUUUAAGGAUGUCUACUGUUGAGUUCACAGAGGCUUUGGCUAGAAUAGCAGAAUAUAUUAGUCCAGAUGAAGGUGAAGUCAAUAGUGCAUCUACUAGCAGGUUGGUACUUCCUUUGCAUAUCAAAUUAGAAAACUUGUUAACACAUAUUUUUAAUACGUUGAGGACUCUUAAGUAUUUAUAUUUACAUAUAAAGAGUGAAUAACUUCGAGAGUUUUAGUAUAUACUUUAGCUAGAAUCCGAAUCCAAUUUUACAGAGGGGCAAUUGGGUCCAAUAGGAUUACUAUGAAUGUACAACCCAAGAGUUGAGGAUUUACAAUACUCUAUCCUAUUUGAGUAACACUUUAAUUUAUACUACUAGGAAUGUUUAAGACCCCGUAUUUGCAUCCGAAUUACAGAUAAUUCUUGGAAAUUCCUUUCCAAUUGGUUUAAGGCCAGAAAUAAAAGAGAAAUGUGGUGGAGAGAUAGAUGACUCAAAAGUAGAAACUCUUGAAGUUGAAGGCUACAUUAUAAUUACUGUGA